UAGUUACGAUGACCCGUUCUGAGCACAUGUGACGUUACUUCCGCCUCUGCAUGUAAACAAAGCGGAGUCUGGCUGCGGAGUUUCUGAUGGAGACAGACUGAGUGGAAGCAGAGAAACGGAGGAUAAAGUUGGGUUAGUUCGGACAGCUGAAGGCCUGAGAGAUGGAGCUCCGCUCCGACUGAACUGGAAACAGCAACAUGUCGAUGGAGGACCCGUUCUUCGUCGUUAAAGGCGAGGUGCAGAAGGCAGUGAACGCGGCGCAGAGCCUCCACCAGCGAUGGAGCGAGCUGCUGCAGGAAGGGGGCGGAGCCUCCAAGGAGGAAAUGGACUGGACGACCAAUGAGCUGAGGAACAGUUUACGGUCCAUCGAGUGGGACCUGGAGGACCUCGACGAGACCAUCAGCAUCGUUGAGUCCAACCCGAAGAAGUUCAACCUGGACGCAGCCGAGCUGUCGAAGAGGAAAGCUUUCAUCACGAGCACUAGACACACUGUCAAGGACAUGAAAGAGCAGAUGUCGAGUCCAACUGCUGCUUCAGGGGACAGAAACAACAAACAGGCUCUGCUGGGCGAGCACGGUGCUCAGGGUCCAAGCUGGCAGGCCGGUCCUGAUAAAUACAGCCGACUGGACCGCACACUGCAGACCGCCAACUCUCAGUUUAUAGAGGAGCAGCAGGUCCAGCAGCAGCUGAUGGCGGAGCAGCAAGAUGAACAGCUGGAACUGGUGUCGGGAACGAUCGGAGUCCUGAAGAACAUGUCUGAGAGGAUCGGCAUGGAGCUGGAUGAACAGGCAGUGAUGUUGGAUGACUUCACUCAUGAGGUGGACAACACUCAGUCUAAGAUGGACACCGUCAUGAAGAAACUGGCCAAAGUGUCUCACAUGACCAGCGACCGUCGCCAGUGGUGUGCUAUCGGCGUGUUGCUCGCAAUCCUCUUCGUUGUCAUCCUCCUCUUCUUCAUCCUCUGAUUGAUGCCUCCAGUCAGCAGAGAACUCGUCUUAAACCUUAAACCUGUGUCUCCUGGAAUAUACCAGACUAUAUCAGACUCUAAUGGACUCUACUGAACUGUAAUGGACUCUACUGAACUGCAAUGGACUCUACUGGACUGUAAUGGACUCUACUGAACUGUAAUGGACUCUACUGGACUGUAAUGGACUCUACUGAACUGUAAUGGACUCUAAUGGACUGUACUGGACCACACUAUCUGCUUUCCCACUGUUGCACCAUUGUGAGCAAAGUCUUGGAGACUCAAGCUGCCAGAACAAAACCAUUAGUAUUAUCGCGCUGAUCACUCUGCAGUUUUACCCUGAAACCCGGCCGUAACACGCUGCCUCCGUGUAAACACUCGGCCGCAGAUAACAGGAACAAUUUGUGCCAUCCAUCCAACACAAGCAGGCUAAUGUUAACAUGUGUUCAGAUGAAUCACUUUCUCUGUUUAGCUAGCAGGAACACCAGGAACAGCACUCAGCCUGGCAGUGUCCUCUUGCAGUAUUGCAGCUAAAAAUCCCCCUGCGGCCCAGGAAGGAUUUUCUCCGUAGACCACCGUAGUAAAAGAGGCGUUUGUAAAACUGGCUUGGUGCUGUGGUGGGAAGCAACUACUAUUCGGACAAGACUUUGCACGACUCUACCGGACUCUACUGAACUCUACCACACCCUACCGGACUCUACUGGACUCUACAGACUGAAUGGCACUUUUUUUGGGGGGGUUCUUUAAAUGUUAGUUAAAAUCAUGGCAGAGGUCAAACAGGUGAAAACACGUUCUUUUGAUGUUUUAUGUUUGUUUUAUUUAAAGGGCUGAAAAUAACCAUUUACACUCCAGUUUAUCUCCAGUUUAGCUGUAAUACCUUCAGUGUAACUUUAAACUCUUAACUCCACUUGAAUCUGGAAUUAAAAUCUAGUUUCAUUCCAAGUGUAAUGCUAUUCUGACUUUGUCUUUUCCCCAUUUAAACUCAGUUUAACUCUUAAGUUUAAGUCCACUUUUACCUAAACUGUUUCUCCAGUUUAACUGUGGUUUAAUCCCCGUUUAACACCAGUAUGACUCUGGUUGUUUAGUCUGAGUUUGGAGCUUGUGAUAUCUAUAUAUGAUAUAAUAAUGUAAUAACACUAAACUUCCUGUUUGUGUUUACAGAUUUUGUGUUUUUUGUUUCACUGACUGAAUCUUUAUGUUUUAUGCUGUUAAUCCUUCAUCGGUUUAUUUUACUAAGUAUGUUUUGUUUCCUUUAAUUCUGAAGUGUAUUAAUUGUGAACUUUGUUAAACAACCCACUUCCUGCUGCAGCUUCACAAUAAAAGCUUUUCCUCUGGAAGGCUUUUAUUGUGAAAUGCAGCAGAAAGUGCAGUCCUGAAGGUUAGCGAGCAAAGUAACUGUCUGUCUGAUAUGACGAAGCAGCCAAUCACAUCGUCCCAAACCAUCUGAUUUUCGGUACUCGUGGCGGUGAAAUCUCACGUCUGUUUCCUGUUCCUGUUGACAAAAUAAAAGCAGUGUUCAGAAGUAAAAGUUGUUAAAUACAGAAUUUAUAAACAUUUAACUCUUCAUAAAUCCAUCCAGUAAUUUUACAACAUAAGUCAGUAUUUUAUGCAUCUUUAACUUUUAAUAUAAUAUUUUGUUCUUCAGCAGAUUUUAACUAAUUAAUCAAACUUUUUCAAGUUCAACUGAAACUGAAACUAUAGAAAUGUUCGGUGUUUUAAAUUUAGAAAUACAUCCGUCAAUGUUUCCUUUCAGAACUUCUGGCAACUAAACCAACAUUGAGCCCUGAAAUAAUAACAAUAAAAAUACUAAUAAUACUAAGACUAAUAAUGAUGAUAAUGUUAAUAAUAAACACUUUUAAUGUUGCUGACGCAUCAUGAAUCAGAGCAGCAGAACAAAAUGACUGAAAUACUGCUGAAGGCGUUUAGUGUGAAGUUAAGGCACUGACCCAUCAACCCGAUAAUCAGCCGUCAGACAGUCUGGCGAGGUUGGUGACUCGAGUCUGUUCGGUGUGUUCUGUUGUUGGAGUGCUAACCCUUAACUAGUGAAUCAGAGAGCUGCCAACACCAGUAUCUUCUUCUUAUUACUAGCCGUAGUAUUUCCUUGUGUUCAGCGAGUGAUGACAACAACGAUCCUUCUUGACUACCAUAACCACUCUGAUGAAAACAAGGACUGACAACAGCGUGCUCUGUGAUUACCACGUCUAGAGAGAUGUUCCCUCAUUUAUGGUUACAUUUUUUGUGUGACAAAUCAGAUUAGCGCCGCCUGCUGUUAUGGAGGCGUAUUACGUCUCGCUCUCGCGCAGAACGUACGCUCAAGUCGGCGUUGCUUCGGUGUGUUCUGAGACAGUUUUUGGACCUCGAGGAUACUAAUCAGUUCGACUGGCUUUCCUGCUGGCCGUCGGGGUUGGUGUGUCAGAGCCUUUAAACUGUUAUUAGGGUUAGGGUAACCCUAAUAUUAGGGUUACCCUAACCCUUGAUCUGUGUAUGAAAUUGUCCGUCUGUCUUUAUUAUUUUAUUUCUGUGGACUUCUGAGUGACGUGAAGUUGAAAUGUGUUUCAAUAAACGGAUUCAGAAAAUAAAA